AUGGUAUCUUUGGGGCUGGAGAUUCUGGGCGUCGGGCUGGCGUUGCUGGGCUGGGUGGAGAACAUCAUCAUCUGCAUCCUUCUCAUGUGGAAAGUCUCGGCCUUCAUCAGAAACAACAUUGUGGUGGCCAUCUGGGAUGGCCUGUGGAUGACGUGCAUGGUGCAGAACACAGGACAGAUGCAGUGUAAGGUCUACGACUCCCUCCUGGCCUUGCCCCCGGAUCUACAAGCGGCCCGGGCCAUGGUGGUCAUCGCCAUCCUGCUGGCCCUGUUCGGGCUCCUGCUCUCGGUGGUUGGGGGGAAAUGCACCACCUGCGUCGGGGACAAGCCGGCCAAGGACUGGGUGGCCAUUACUGCAGGGGUGUUCUUCCUUGUGGCCGGGGCGCUGUGUCUGGUCACUGUGUGCCUGCCUGCUAACGCAGACAUAAAGGACUUCUACAAACCCCUGGGACCUGACUCGCAGAGGAGGGAGCUAGGCGGGUCCUUGUACAUUGGCUGGGGCGCUUCAGGACUACUCUUGAUCGGGGGUGCUCUUCUGUGCUGUCAGUGCCUGUCGAGGGGCAACAGCUAA